AUGACUGUGCAAGAAAAGAGACCUCUUGAUGAGGCAAAUGUUCAUGGAGAUGAAUGUAAAAAGCCAAACACGCAACCAUACGUGAAGGGAAUGGCUGCAAUAAAGCCCGAAUAUUUGGCUCCGAUUUCAUCAAAUGUAUUACAAGUUGUUGAGUAUGACGAUGACGAGGCGGAGAGUGGAGGUCGUGAAACAUCAGAUGCCAGCGGCAACAAUAGUAACAACAACAAAGGAAAGAAAGGAAAAAAUGGAAAGAAGGGACGUGGACAAAACCAUAACCGUGACUUGAAACAGAAAGGAGAUGCCGUGCGAUUGUGUAUGGUUAUGAUUGACCCAGAGGAUGAUGACACCAAAUGUGCCGCUGGAGGAGCAGAAAACUGUAAAUACUCCCAUAACAUUGAGGAAUACUUGGCUGCAAAGUCGGAUGAUAUUGAAGGUACUUGCCCUGUUUAUGAAGCCUUGGGUUACUGUCCUUCCGGUUUGAAGUGUAGGUGGUUACAUUCGCAUUACAAUAAGGAGACCAAGAAACUAAUUAAAGACUUAGAGAAAUUGGAGCGAGAGAAACCAAAGAAUCAUGAAGUCAAUAUUAUUGAUCGUGAAAGCAAGGUUGCUCUUCAAAGAAAGAAAUUUAACUUUGACAUAUCUACUCCAGUGAUUAACUUUUUGGAGUCACGAAAACAAAAGGAUGAUGGAAAACAAAAUAAAGAAGAGCAGGAAGCUAGCACUGAUGGUAAUGAAAAACAGGAGGAGCGAAAAGAUAACGAAGCUUCAUAUGUGGAACAACCGUUCAAGAUUGCCGAAAAAAAAAAGAUUAAUCUUCGUCGUGCCAAAAUUGUUUCACCAUUAACAACAGUGGGUAACCUUCCGUAUCGUCGAUUGAUGAAGACUUUGGGUGCGGAUGUGACAUACUCGGAGAUGGCCCUCGCUGUACCAUUAUCUCAAGGACAUCGUCCCGAGUGGGCAUUGCCCAAGGCUCAUGUAACUGAAUACCCUGGAUUUGGUGUUCAAAUUGCGAGCUCUAAACACUGGGCGGCAGCAAAGGCUGCAGAGGCUCUUUACAAGACCACACUGCAUGUGAGUGAAAUCAAUCUCAAUUGUGGGUGCCCUAUAGAUUUAUUGUUUAAACAAGGUCAAGGUUCUGCAUUAUUGGACUCUCCGCCACGAUUGAUCCGUAUAGUCAAAGCUAUGAAUGCAUCUUCAGGAGAUAUUCCAGUGACGAUAAAGAUACGUACUGGUGUUAAGGAAAACAAAAACACAGCAGUCCACUUAGUCAAUAGAGUCUUGGAAGAGACGCAAGUGGCCGCCAUAACUUUGCAUGGUCGUUCUAGACAACAACGUUAUACCAAGGAAGCCGAUUGGGACUACAUUGAAGAAGUGGGAAAAGUCGUCAAGACCUGGAAUGAAAAGAGGGAAGAUGAGGAUAAGGAAGGUAGAGAUACUAAUCCUACAUGGUUUGUUGGUAAUGGUGAUGUGUACAGUCACGAGGAUUGGUAUAAUGGAGUCAAUAGAGAAGGUGUUGACUCGGUGAUGGUUGCGAGAGGUGCAUUAAUCAAGCCAUGGAUAUUUGAAGAAGUUGAGGCACAACAAUAUUUGGACAAAUCCUCAACAGAAAGAUUGGCAAUGUUGGAGAAAUACGCCAAGUAUGCGGUUGAACAUUGGGGUUCUGACGAGUACGGUGUUAGCAAUGCCAGACGUUUCAUGUGUGAGUUCCUUAGCUUUACACAUAGGUAUGUCCCUGUGGGGAUAUUGGAGAGAUUACCUGCCAAGUUAAACGAGAGGCCACCAAAAUGGAUUGGAAGAAAUGAUUUGGAAACCUUGCUUGGCUCUUCAGAUUACAAAGACUGGAUCAAGAUCACGGAAAUGUUUUUGGGUAAAGCUGGUGACGAUUUCCUGUUCAUUCCAAAACACAAGAGUAACUCAUACGAAAAUUAG